CUCCCGCCCUUCCGUCACGUGACCUAGACAAGUAAAGGCGGACGUCCACGGCGCUCGGGAGCCGCAAUCGCAGUCCGCUGCUCUGUGCCCGUUGCUCCGCUUCCGCUGCCCCGACACUAGCGCUGCCAAGAUGAUGUGCGGAGGCUGCUCCAGCUCCAAGCCCGCCACGGCCGAGAUCCAGGCCAUCGCGGACAAGGUGAAGUCCCAGCUGGAGGAGAAGGCAAACAAGAAGUACUCCGUUUUUAAGGCUGUGGAGUACAAGAGCCAGCUGGUCGCGGGGACGAACUACUUCAUCAAGGUCCAAGUGGAAGACAACAACUUCGUACACAUUCGCGUGUUUGAAAGUCUGCCGCACGAGAACAAGCCCCUGACCUUGCACGACUACCAGGCCGAUAAGACCAAGGAGGACGAGCUGGCGUAUUUCUAGUUGCCGAUUUGAACCAGCCCGUCAUCCCAUGGUUCUCUGUCCCCUGCACUCACGCUUCUGGAAUCAUACAUGAACGUCGUCUCUACGCUGUGCUACCUGCAGCGGAGGGGACAUCACGCACCUGUCUUGCAUCUCUGUUCCUGACUUUCUAUGAUGUUGAUUUUCCUCCCAAUCAAUGGUCUUAACUAAAUUGCUUUCUAAGGGGGCUUAUAUUAUCUCUAAAUACAUAUAUUUUUAAGUCUUUGCAAAUUUC